UGGCAUAAGCUUAUUACAAAAUACUCUAAAACAGCUGGUUAUCUUAACUCUAGCUUUAUAUUAGCAAAGAAAGAUGUUGGUAUAAAACUGAAAAAAAUACAAGAUUCAGACUUAGAUAAACAACCUUAUAUAAAUGCUCAUUCUAGACAACUAAAUAAAAAUUAUUUAUCUUGUUCAAAGUUUCUUUCUAUGUAUCAGAUUAUUAAACUACAUAAAGAUGAUGCAGUACAUACUGCAGUUGAAACAAGUGAUGAUGAUAGAGAGAACUUUGAUUCUAAUAAGGUUGAAAAUCUAAUUAAAAGACAUCAGAAAAGGUGGCCUUCAACCAACAGAAAAGCUGUACAAAAUAAUUAUGAGAAAUAUGAAGCUAUCAGAUAUUAUGCUUCAACUUGUA